AGGAGCAGUGAGAACUGCAUGCAAGAGGCACAAAGCAGCAGCUAGCAGUUCAUUCAGGUUAGUCAUCAGAGGUGACAUCGCUCUGGAACUGGAAGACAAGCAGCAGGAAGACAGAGAGAUCAAUGGCAGCGCAAGGUGCUGGAGCAUCAGCUUCUCCCCUGUCCGGCUUCCACGUGGCGCUGCUCCUCCUCCUCACUAUCUUGGCUUCCAUCCUUGCAAGGGCGGCGUCGGUGGGCGUGUGCUACGGCACGAGCGGCGACAACCUGCCGCCGGCGAGCGCGGUGGUGGGCAUGCUGCGCGACAACGGCUUCACGGUGGUGCGGCUCUACUGGCCCGACGGCGACGCGCUGGCGGCGCUGGGCGGGAGCGGGAUCCGGGUGGUGGUGGGCGCGCCCAACGAGGCCCUGCCGGCGCUGGCGUCCGGCGCGGCCGCGGCCGCGGCGUGGGUCCGCGACAACGUGCAGGCGCACCCGGCGGUGGCGUUCCGCUACGUGGUGGUGGGCAACGAGGUCCCCCUGGAGCAGGCGCCGCUGCUCGUGCCGGCCAUGGAGAACGUGCACGCGGCGCUGGCGGCCGCCGGGCUGGGCCACGUGAAGGUCACCACGGCCGUCUCGCAGGGCGCCAUCGCCGUGCACCUGCCUCCGUCGGCGGGCGAGUUCACGGAGGAGGCCCGCUCGUUCAUGGGCUACGUGGUGGCGUUCCUGGCGCGGACCCGCGCGCCGCUGCUGGCCAACCUGUACCCCUACUUCGUCUACACGCUGGGGCUGGGCCACCUGGGCAUGGACUUCGCGCUGUUCACGGCGCCCGGGACGGUGGUGCAGGACGGGGAGUACGGGUACCAGAACCUGUUCGACGCCACGGUGGACGCGCUGUACGCGGCGGUGGGGAGGCUCGGCGUCGCCGGCGGGGACGGCGUCAGGGUGGUGGUGUCGGAGACCGGGUGGCCGACGGCGGGCGGCGCCGCAGCGUCGCUGGAGAACGCCAGGACGUACAACCAGAACCUGGUGAGGCACGUGUGGAAGGGCACGCCGCGGAGGCCCAGGAGGGUGGAGGCAUACGUGUUCGCCAUGUUCAACGAGGACAAGAAGGACGCCGGAGUGGAGCAGAACUGGGGCCUCUUCUACCCGAACAUGGAGAGGGUUUACCCCAUCACCUUUGGAGCCGGACGGCGACACUGACGACAUUAUAGAAGGAGCUUGGUGGACGACGACCGGUGCAUUGCAUGCAAUGAUCGAAUUUGCACUCGACCGAUCCAAGAAAUGAAUACGUACUGGGGUCAUGGUGUGUGUGUUUUAUUUGCGUGUACACAGCAUUCAAUGUACAAUAUAUAGAGGAAUUGUUGCGACCGCUGAGCGUUUGUUUGCUCAGACGUGUACGCGGAGAGGGGUCGAUGCGUAGCUGGGUCUGGGUGUACGUAAACGUCAUGCGUAGCAGUAUGCACAAGCGUAUGUACAUUCCGUGACUCUUGUGAGCUAUAUACUUGUGAAUUUGUGAU